AUGGACAUGGCCAGGCAUGCAGAUGCUGUUGCUAAAACUUUAAUGGGACAUUGGUAUCUGCGGGCUAACGGUUUGGUAGAGCGCUUCCAUCGUCAGCUAAAGACCUGGUUACGGUUUCAAAGGAAUCUUGACACGAGCAGACAAUUUGUCUUUGAUCCUGCUGAGUCUGCGAGCAACAAGCAAGACAGACACAAACUGCAGUCUAUCAAAAAUGGUCUACGGAUGCCAACUCUCCUUACCUAG